UGAAUAUAAAACUAAGUUUAAUUUCUAAUUUGUUAACAAUUGAUACUGAACACUAGACUAGAGCUGAAAUUCAGUAUUCUGUAUUCAGUGAAGUUUUUAAUUCGAAAAGUGCAUUGGCUAAGCGGGAAUAAUUGUAAUCGAAGCAGGUCACUGCUUAAUUGAGGCGGCCAGAUUGUCACUACAUAUCCAUAUAUGAAUAUUCACGACACAACUACAGCUUGCGAAUUACUUUCCGUUCUGAAACAAAACUAAAAAAAUGACUAAAAUGGCAAAUAAGCAGCGUCGAAAGCAGGAAUUGCAGCAGAUUGUGGAGGAUGUGCGCACGGUUCGCAUUCUGAUAUUGGGCGAUCCAGGUGUGGGAAAGUCAUCUUUGACUAACUUGUUGGCUAGCAGCCCGAUCACGCCAACACGUUCCUCUAGAACCGUUGCCGACAGCGAGUGGACCGUCCAAGCGCGUCUGCACGAGUACCCCAGGGCGCACCUCCCACUCACACCCGAGUGGACGUCGACCUCAUCAUCGGACCGCUCAGCCCAAUCGCCACUCACUCCCGAAGAGCUAUAUUUCGUUGAGUUCUACGAUAAGAACGACUCAGUGACAUAUGAUCGAGUGGACAGGAAUCCCUUGUACAAGAACAUGGACGGAAUCAUUUUGGUGUAUAAUAUGCAAGACAUGGAGACCCAUGACCACUUGCAUGACUGGAUCUACGGGCCACUGCGCGAGAUAACCGAAAGCCGCCAGAAACGUAUGUGCAACCGUCUCAAUGUGCCUAUCCUAGUCGUCGGCACCAUGUUGGAUAAGCUGCGCAAGCGCAGACUGCGUCGCUCUGGGAACAUUGCUUAUCAAUUGGGAUCAGAGGAGAUAUUCAUCAAUUGCUGCGAUCAAAACGCAAUGUCUGAAAUGGGCCGAAAUUACGGAAAAUUGCGCAAUUUCUUGAACAGAGCCGUCGACUUUGGGAAAUGAACUGAAUACUCUAAUUAACCUCAUAUACAUAUGUACACACAUGAUACAUGUGCCAUAUUAUCUUAAUAU